CAGAAGUGGGACGGAUCCUCCCUAGUGCUGGGAACCAUGUACUCGUACGACAUUUUCGCCGCGAUGCCCUGCUGCACUGAACGAUUGAAGUGCAACAACUGUUUCAAGCUGCUGCUGCAUCCGCACCAGCGGUUAAACUUCUACAGCGACUACAGCCACAGCGUGUCCUGUCCGUACUGUCACGCCCAGGAUACGCACUUCGUGAAGCCGUUGGCCUACUGCUACACCAAGCAGCCGAUGCAGUUAUUCCAGCAGUGGCCAUAACAUGAGGCCCCGUUGGAGUCCCCUAAGGUGGUGGUAGAUCCCCAGUUUACCGCCUCCGCCAGUACCAGUCGAAGCAACAGCACCUCCUCGGCAUCGCCGUCCUGUUCGUCGUCAACGGCGACCACGACCACGAACACGACGACCUCCUCCGCCAGCCAGGACUCGGCGAUGAACUCGUUCAUCCAGGAGCUGCGCAAUAUCAGCAGUUCCAGCAGUGCCAGCAGCAACAGCAGCUUCGAUUCGGGCUUCUCCGCAUCAUUCGCCGGAGGGGACUCCAACGGCGGCAGUGGCCGGGCCACUGCCCUCAAUCACCAACAGCAGCAACAACAACAGCAACAGAACAUCAUCUGGGGAAAUAAGUCACUCUGGGGUAGACCACCCCCGAGCCCAUCACCCUCAGCAAAGACAUCAUCCACACCGGCGACGGAAUCGUCAAAUAUCAACGGUAACAACAGUAUGUACGCUAGCAAAGAUCCCCAAUCCUCCUCCUCGACCUGGAACACGACGGCCAGUCCGUCGCUUCCAUCCCAGUCCCAAUCGCCCCCCUUUCCGCAAAGUAUUUGGGAAAACUCAGCUACGAAUGCAACCGAAUCGCUGGCACUGACCGGUCCCGGGUCUGCCGCCUCCCUCGGUUCCAUCUGGAUGAUUCCGGAAUCGUCCUCCCGAAGCGUUUGGGGCGAACCCCCUUCGAAGCCAAAUUCGCAGCUGCUGCGACCGGCUGAGAUAGGGUCCAGUAGCGUCAGCAGCAGCAGUAGCAACACAGGCGGCGGCGGUGCAGUCGGUAUCGGCUGUGGCAGCAAACUUAGCUCCCUGUGGGCACCGAACGCAGCCAUCGCGCCGGCGGUUACUGCUUCUGCUGCGUCCGGGAAUGUUUUGAAAUCGCUCCGACUGGCUGGUACGGUGGGUGCCGGUGGUGGCCCUAGCUCCAGCUUCGGUCUCGGUGGUUUGACCACGACUCCGACUGGUGGCGGCGGCGGCGGCGGCGGUGCAGCCACUUCCAGCUUGCAGCUGUUUUCGGACGAGUUUCUCAGUUAUCUAAAUAUCAACAAUUAGAGCAAUUUUUAUCUUGUUAUUUAGUUCAUUGCGUUUUUAUUAUUUUUUUCGGGUUUUUUUGUCUUAGUUUGCAAUUUAUUAUUUUUUGAUGUUUAUAAAUAUAUUUUUCGGUUACUCGUUUAUAUUCGCAAAGUGUUUUAUUCGGACUAUUGCCGUGUUGUGUAGAUGUUUUUUUUCGGGCCCAUUAGCCCUCGUAUCUAUACAUAUAAAUAUAUACAUUAUAAAUAUUGUAUGAAACAAAAGAAGAAAAGAAAACAUUUUUUUAUUCGAUAAGACCUAGCAGUAAGGACAAAACAAUGGUAUCUCACUUAAAGCAAAACAAAAAAUUAUCCUUUAAGGCUCUUUUCGUUCCAAAUCGUGGUGAGUUAUGAAUGACACAUGACAAACAAAACAAAAAAAAACACAAAAAGUGUAAACAAAGUUUGGUUUUCUCCUUGUACUAAAAGCUUACAUACAAACCUCUGGGAAAACUAGCGAUGGGCGGCAGUUUUGUGAGGUUAGGAAUUGCGUAUCGACAAAUGCACUACAAUCAAUCAAUCAAAAGAAGAAAAAAACCCAAAGCAAGCCAUGAAAUAAGCAAAACAAAAGCAAAGCGGCGGUAUUGAGAGGCGCGCGUCAAAGUGUGAAGCAAAAAAAUGAAAAAUAAAAACAAUUCAAAUCAGGUAUAAUUCUAGCUCCUCCGCCGAGGGCGGAUCAUUUUAGGCUUAAGUCAUCACUGAACUGUAGGAUGUGUAAACUGUAAACAGUGAACAGCAAACAACAACAACAACAAGCAAAACAAACCUAUUAUUAAUCGUCUUAGAAGUUUAUUACCCCUAAAUAUAUAUAGAUAUACGAGAUGGAGGUUAGUUUUUCGAACCUGUACAUAUAGGCCCAGAUGCAAAAGUGAACGAUUAGAAAGCAAUAUGGAUGAGUGCGGGAAAGAGUGCGAAUGCCAAUUUACAUAGACAGGUGCGUACGUGUUGAGUGUGUUAGUGCGUUUCGGUCGUUACUUUGAUCUGUACUUUUUUACUGGCAACAAAUGUGAGCGAAAACUAACGGUUUAAGGGACUGAUUCAAAAGAAGAAGAAAAAAGAAAACAAACAAAACAAAAAAUAAACAAGCGACUUGUGAUUAAUCGAAACUUUAACCGAUACGACUGAGACUGUGAAUGAUAUGGACGCGGACGCGGAUUCGGGAGUUUCUAAAACUCGCUAUUUUUUUCGAAAACGGUCAAAUUAGAGAAGAGGCAAGUAUUUUUUGAGUAUUGUUUUCGGGAAUAUACACAUUGGCUAGGAGAGGCAGGCAGGAGAAGAAAUUUUACAAUCACAAAACAUUUUCGUACUGAAUAGGAAGAGGCAAACUUUUGGAUGAACUUUUUUCAUUUUUUCUGGUUGGUUUCAGGGAGAACGCUAAAAGAAAAUGGUUAAAAGAGAGGAAUUUUACUAUGUACUAAAAGCGUGUUAAAGCCUGCACGAGGGUUAUUUGUCAAAAUUUGAUCUCGAGGGAUGCGUGCGUGGAUGACGGGUGGACGAAUCAGAUUCAAACUAAUGACAGUUUUGAGAUCGAGUAUUUUGGGGUAGACCGUUUGACACUAAUUUCACACUAGUGUGACCUGGAAAAAAGAUGUAUCCAAACAAGAACGAAAUUGAACAAAUCCCCAUUAAAAACACGUCAAAUUUCUGCUCGUUUGUAAUACAACCAGUUCAUCUUGGUGAGUCCCUACACUUUAUCACAGUUGUGCCACAAUUUUAUCGAACUAAAGCCCCUGGCAGCAAAGUUAUUGCCGGCAUACUUUCACAAAUUUUUAGUUGCAUCCCAACGCUUCUUCAACCCAACCAGUGUUGCCACAUAUACCAAUGUAUCAGUUCUUUCUCCAUCAAAAUAGUAAUAGAGAUCACCAAUUCACUAGUUCGAAAAUUGUACCAAAUCUCAAAAAUAACAUAGUCUAUAGAAUAUACCAGUACCGUCUUUACGCACUUUGGAUGGAUAUAAAACCAUUCGACGUGUAUGAAAUCCUUGUUUGGCAAGCGAUCUGCAGAUGUGGCAGAACUAAUGCAGUCUUUCCUCACAUGUUAGAACGUCAACGGAUAAAUCUACAACGGGCGAAUACCUCCUAAAGUGACUUCUACACUUCCUAAGAUCUCACAAAGAGCUGAAACUGUUUCGGUCGGAUCAUGUUGUUGGGCUGUCAUGAAGGCAACGUUCGUCAAAUUCAAAAAAAUAUUCAAAAAUGUACUUAUGAAAGUGUGGUUGAAAAUACACAAAUCAGCCGUACCAUUGCUCCAAACCUCGUUGAAGAGCCAAGUCGAAACAACUGCUUUUACAGAAUAUUUGAAAAAUAUAGAUUCUAAAAUAAAAUUUUUAAAUAAAAAAUGAGAGUUCCUUUCUUUAAAU